UUUAGUGUUAAGUAUUCCGCUUCUCGGUACGGAUGCGGUCAGGAGCGCUUUAUUUAAAACUAACAUUGUGAUUCGAUUUUGGAACGUGUGUUUGUGUGCGGUACUGCCGGGUUUUGGCACCGUUUCUUGCAACAGAAAUUUCAGUAUUAGGUGUUUUAUUUCUUCCGCAUUGGAUUACUGACAGAGUAUUUUUCACUGUGCUGAUUUUCUAAGCACAAAAUGCCAGGAAAGAGUUGGAUUUUUAUCACAUUUUGUGCUGCGUUGUCUUCUCUGCACUGUCUUGCGGACGGGUCAUCAGCGGCAAGGCGGCGAUUACCGGCUCCUUUGCCCCCAAUCGAAGAUGACGUAUCGGAAGAAGGUUGGAUGAUAGCGGGUCACUCGAGUCCAGUUCUAUUCCUGUCUAACGCACGUGAAGCUGUUGAUGUAGAAGGUGGAGAUGAUUUAGAAGAUGAUUUUACAGACACAUUGACUUCUGAUCCACCUAAUGACAAGAUAGGAACUAUAUUCGAUGAAAAUAUUACAAGUGAUGUGACAGUGGCCGCACGAUCCGAUCUCCGUUUAGAACGGUCACUUGUGAACAUGACCAAGCAGAGCGGGGAGAAAGUGAACAUGCGCUGCGAUGUGAAAGGACAAGGCCCUGUAUACUUCAGAUGGUACAAGAACGAAGCGCCAGUUGAGGAAGAAAAAGGUCGUGUAGAAAUAAAGAAAUAUAAUCCUGGCAACGGUCGUGUGGGUUCGAGAUUAAGAAUUUGGAAUCUCGACAUUCACGACACAGGAUAUUAUAAAUGUGAAGCCCAUGCUGGGGCCGAGGCUUCUGUUAUGGGAGAUUCUGAUGGGCCAAGCCAUCUGCCUAGGGUGGAAUCUACGGGGAUUCUGNCAAUCACAGUGAUGUGA